GAUACCGCGCAAUGGAGAAGUGGAUAAACUCUCAAACAACUGUCCAGUUGCUAAUGCUCUUCCAUUCGUGAUCUAUCGUGGCAGAGUGAUAUCCGUCCGCAAUGGGUGGUGCAACGACUAGAGGUGAUAAUAUGAAAAACAAGAAGAAUGAAAAUCCCAAGGAAGAGCUCAAUAAGUUAGCGGAUGACUAUGUAGCCCCCGACGGGGGUUGGGGGUGGAUUAUUGUACUUGCUGCUGGAUUUUCAAACCUUUGCGUACUAGUGACAAUACAAAAUUUCGGCCUGAUAUUUCGAGUCAAACUGGCUGAACUUGGAAUAACACCCACAGAAACAACAACUAUUCUGAAUGUUCAUCUUGCUGUAACAGCUAUGAUAGGUUUAGCCAACGGACCCGUCUUCAAGAGAUUCAGCUUCAGGCAGAUGGCACUCUUCGGAACAAUUUUAUCAGCAUUCGCAGUUAUGGUGCUAUCCACAGCCACAACUUUUCAUGAAAUUCUCAUUUAUCUGGCUGUUUUCCAAGCUGCUGGAGGCGGAAUAACAAUGUCAUCGAAUGCACUGGCCCUAAAUACAUACUUCAAGAAGAGAAAGAGGCUGGCGGUGGGUCUCAGCUGGACAUGCACUGGUUUUGGACCCAUCAUUAUGCCUCAUGUAAUUACAGCUUUAAUGCCGAUAUUCGAUGUUUCUGGGACUCUUCUGAUUUUGGGUGGAUUCUCAGCCCACUCCAUUGCCUGUUCUCUUUUACUUCACCCAGUUGCGUGGCAUGCCAAGAAAAUUAGUGUUAUGGAUGAACUCCGGGCUGAGGCAAUUAAAGAAAAGCACGACAUAAUGUUAAACAAUGGAGUACGUAAGGACUUGAAAGCGUUAUCAGUAGAGAACCUUAAGGAAAAAUUAUCAACUAUAGCUGACGAUCGUCAAGGAUUUGGAAGUCAGUAUCUUUACUACGACGAUGAAGAAGAAGGCGCUGUUGGUAUUGACGUCGAAGGUGGAACGCCGAUGAUGUCACGUGCGAAUGAUGGAUGGUUCUCUAAGAAGAACUCAUCAACGGUAUCCCUCACGUCGAAUCGUACUGUGAAGCAUGAAAAUUCGCAAGUCCGUUUGCGAAACAAGUCAUUCAGUCUGAGUAGACCACCAAGCAUAACAGCAUUGAGCCAGGGACAAUCUCUCAGGAAUAUUAACAAGGGCUUGAGUGAAAAUGAUGGUAAACGGAGAAAACUGUCGAACCAGAUAUCUGGAACUACUCCACUGAUCAUCGUGAGGGAAUCCUGUGAAUCUACGAAUUCCAAUGAGGACAAUUGCAAAGUUGAUGAAUGUCCAAAAUAUCAGGAAGACACGACGGAAACGGGAGAAGAGACUGUGGAGGUGAGAGAGUCCGCAUCGCGAUUCAAACGAUUCAUUCAUGCCAUCGUCAUCUUCUUCGACCUCGACCUCCUGCGGGAUAAGGUUUACGUUAAUUUGAUGCUGGGACUGAAUUUUGCUAAUUUUACUGAGAUCAAUUUUGCACUCAUUACUCCAUUUAUUCUCGGGGAUUAUGGCCUCGAGAUCAAUCAAGUGGCCAUGUUUAUGUCGGUCCUGGGAGGAGUGGAUGUCGUUGCUAGAAUUUUCAUAUCUUUUCUAGCAACAAAAAUUGGGUUCAGUAAUCGAACGUUUUUCCUCAUUGGGGUUACGUUCAUGUCAUCAGGAAGGAUAAUUCUGGCUCACACAAUAGACUACACAAUAAUACUGCUGGUGGCAGUAUUAAUCGGCUUCGGAAAGAGUUUAAGGACAAUCUUCAUAGCUCUGGUAAUUCCCACUCAUGUCCCCUUAUCACGGCUGCCAGCUGCAACGGGAUUGCAAUUAGUAACAAGUGGCCUAAUUUCCAUCGGUUUUGGUCCCCUAGUAGGAAAACUGAGAAUUUUCCUUGGAAAUUACUCCAUCCUCCUCCAUAUUUUGAACAUAUUCCCAUACCUAGUCAUCAUAUCGUGGACCCUGGAAGCAUGGAUUACGUCAAGAAGAACAAAGAAAAACAAAGAUCAACCGAGCACUCAAGCCUAGCGCUCAAUCGCCUAUAAUUUUCUAUUAACAAAAACAAUAAAAAAUAUUACCUGAUUGUAAAAUACGAUAUUAGCCUUCGAAUUUGACAUCCCGACGAAUUCUAAAAGUAAACAGCAGAACAAUGAAGUUCUUGAAAUGUAUUAUUUCUUUAGAUAAUAAAUUGAAAUUCACAAUGAAA